AUGGUCGAAGAAAAGUUCAAGGUUUUAACAUUUAAUUGCUGGGCCGUGUUUUUCCCGUCUCCGACUGUGAGAAAAGAAGACCGUAUUAAUGCGAUCGCCGCAAAGUUAUCAGUUGGGGAUUUCGACGUGAUUUUACUUCAGGAGAUUUGGCUGGAAUCAGAUUACAGAAAGCUCCGAAACAUUCUGGACGAGAAGUAUCCAUACUCUAAUUACUUUUAUUGCAACCUUAUAGGAACUGGUAUGUGCAUAUUUUCAAAAUGGACUAUAGAAUGUGUGUUCACACAUCCCUUUACUGCUAACGGAUAUCCUCAUCUUAUUCACCAAGCUGAUUACUAUUGUGGCAAAGGUAUUGGGUUAGCCCGGAUCACAAGCAAAGAAGGAUUUAGGAUUAACUUUUAUGUAACCCACUUAAUUGCUCGUUAUGAAUUAGAUCGUAUGUUAGAUAAAUAUAAUGGACAUCGAAUAUCUCAAUUAGUUGAAAUAAUGGAAUUUGUUCGCAUGACAUCCACUGGUUCUGAUGCAAUUAUAAUUACUGGAGAUUUCAAUUUGGAAUCGAAUACUUCAGCUAUUGAAUUAUUUAGUACUUCAUUAAAAUUAUCUGAUGCAUGGCUUAAUAAUACUGUUGCUUUGAAGAAUACAAAUAUUACAGAAUUAGAGUCAGAGGGAUGUACGUGUGAUCGAGCUGAUAAUCCUUAUCGUAAUCAACUUUGGACUAAUACAUAUGGGAAUGGUGAAAGAUUAGAUUACAUAUUUUAUCGUUCUGGGCCAUCAAUAAUAGAUUCAUUUCAUAUACCAUGUAAGAUAAUGAUGGUGAUGAUAUUAUUGUUAUUGGAUUGA